AGCGAGCGGGCAAGAGACCCAAUCAUUGCGUGCCUCGAUCAUCUUCGCAACCAAAGUGCAACAAGAUGGCUACCUGCUCUCAUCAACAGCCGCAGCGACCGCCUUUCAAGAGCUCAUCACAGCUUGCGAGAGCAGCAAGAUGCUUGGGCAACAUCUCUGCUUCUCUCACACCGCUCACUCGCAAAUCAAGCUAGAGGGACCAUGGCGCCCGACCGCUGCCAGAGGUCCAAAUCACAGCCUGCACGCCGCAUCGGACAUGGCGACCUGACGCGAGCCCAAUCUGUUGCCCCCACAUCGAGUCGAACAGCUGCUCGGUGGUUGGUCGAGGUCAAACCGGAGCCUCGUGAGGAGAGGCUCCCUAGUAAGGGCCCUCCAGCGACACCCACAAGCAGCAGUACAGCCCUCGUCUUGUGGCAAGGGCCCACCAACGUGACCACCCCUUCAGCUGAGCAAGGCAGCCGCAGUUGUCGCACGCCGACGCCGUCACCUCGACGAGCGCAGCUUUUCCCUUGGAUGGGCAGGCAGCCAACGCCUUCGCCCACUUUCAGCAAGCGGUAUCACCGCGGGAUGCCCAAUAACCAGUCUUGGACCAGACAUCAAAUCUCUGCUACACCAACGCCUGGACAGCACAGUCAGCAUCGAGCGCCUUCGUCUACCCCUGACGCGCGCCAGCAACGGGCACCCUCCAGCAGCUCGACUCGCCUCACCACACCGGGCGCCUCCUUCUUGGGCGGAGACGGAGGCGAUGGCGGCGGCAGUUCGAGCGGUACAGCCAUCGAAGUGGACGAGGAAGUCGAGGAUGACAGCGACAGCGGUGAUGACUCGCCAACGCCCACUGCUCACCGUAGCAGGGAUACUCGCGCAGAGGCCCGCUCCUCUCGCACUGCACCUCCUGGCGUUCAGCUCGUCAUCUCCGCGUCGGUUCGCUUGGCGUGGGAUUGCACUUCCACGAACCGCAUUCGCGAUACCUACGCCAUCCCCAUCAACGUGCGCGUAUCGCUACCCCAGAAUGCGGACCUCAGUCACGCUCGCGACAAUGUCGAAUCCUUGGUGCGGCACGGUGCUAUUGAGAGGGAGCUGAGCCUCAAGUUGCGGACAUUGGUGGGGAGGGCAUUCGACAAUGCGAGGACUUGAGGAGCGGAUGCGAGAGACAGGUGGGUUUGUGGUCAAUCUUCACGUCAUCUCUUCGUGUCUCCCCGUCUUCUCAAGCGCUAUCGCGUGCCACAUUGAACACCGUGAC